UCGACUGGCGGUCAAACAAGCUGCAUUUUAGUGUGUGUGAGCGUACCGAACGCAGCCACGGUCCCUUUCGCCCAUGUGAGCAUAUCUCCCCUCCUUCCUUCUUCUCCACCACCUUCUUCACAGAGCCCACUCCAGUCCUGUACUUCGCAGCAGCAUCUCACAGCUCUAGCUCUGAGCGAGAACUCUCGCAGUGAAGUAAAAGUCCCAGUUCCUAUUGUUAUUCUAGCUCUUUGCGCCAUGAACUUUCUGGUUCCUUUCUUAGCUUCGAUCUUGCUGUUUUACUCGUUUGAUCCCUGCCAAUCUAUCGAAGACGACGUGAUGUGUCUUGAGGGCGUGAAGCGCUCGCUCUCGGACCCCGCAAACAAGCUUAGCUCCUGGACCUUCAGCGACAUCUCCGUAUCUGCAAUCUGCAAGCUCGUAGGUGUGUCUUGCUGGAACCAACAGGAGGCCCGUCUCUUCGGCCUCCAGCUCCCGUCCAUGCAGCUAGCCGGCGCCUUGCCGGAGUCCCUCAAGCACUGCCGGAGCCUCCAGAACCUCGAUCUCUCCGGCAAUGCCCUUUCCGGCCCCAUCCCUCCUCAAAUCUGCCUCUGGCUGCCCUACCUCGUAAAUCUAGACCUUUCCUCCAACCAACUCUCCGGCCCGAUCCCUCAGGAGAUCGCCGAUUGCAAAUUCCUCAACACCUUGGUCUUGAGCGGUAAUCGGCUCUCCGGUUCGAUCCCUUACGGCCUCGGCCGCCUGGAUCGCUUGAAGAAGUUCUCCGUGGCCAACAACGAUCUUUCCGGUUCUGUACCAUCUGAUUUGGGGAAAUUUGACAAAUCGGUCUUUGAUGGGAACAAUGGGCUCUGUGGAAAGCCCCUCGGAUCCAACUGUGGGGGACUAAGCAGCAAAAGCCUCGCCAUUAUUGUCGCCGCGGGUAUUAUAGGUGCCGCCGGGUCUUUGUUUCUGGGGUUUUUGAUAUGGUGGUGGUGCUUCGUUUUGCGGAAUGGGGAAAAGCGUGGCUAUGGUGUCGGUGGUAGUGGCGAGAAGGGUGGUGGUUUCUGGGUCGAGCUUCUGAGGUCACACAAGCUUGUUCAAGUUUCUUUGUUUCAGAAACCCAUCGUGAAAGUCAGGUUGGCGGACUUGUUGGCGGCGACGAACAAUUUCGAUUCUGAAAACAUCGUAAUCUCGACGAGAACAGGGGUUUCUUAUAAGGCCGUGUUGCCGGAUGGGUCUGCCCUCGCGAUCAAGCGGCUUAAUGCUUGUAAGCUUAGCGAGAAGCAAUUCCGGUCGGAGAUGAACAGGUUGGGGCAGCUCAGGCAUCCCAACUUAGUGCCAUUAUUGGGCUUUUGUGUGGUGGAGGAAGAGAAGCUUUUGGUGUACAAGCACAUGUUUAAUGGGACUUUGUACUCUCAACUGCAUGGAAGUGGCAAUGCCAAUAGUCAAUAUGGUUUCAUGGACUGGCCGACGAGGCUGCGAAUUGGUUUGGGGGCUGCCAGAGGACUUGCUUGGCUUCACCAUGCGUGUCAGCCACCCUAUAUGCACCAAAACAUUAGCUCCAAUGUCAUUCUUCUCGAUUAUGAUUUCGAAGCCCGCAUAUCGGACUUCGGGCUAGCAAGGCUUGUGGGUUCUCGUGAUUCUGAUGAUAGCUCGUUUGUGAAUGGCGAUUUGGGGGAGAUUGGUUAUGUGGCUCCCGAGUACUCGAGCACAAUGGUUGCCUCGUUGAAAGGGGAUGUCUUUGGUUUUGGGGUAGUGCUUUUGGAGUUGGUGACAGGGCAGAAGCCUCUUGAAGUUACCAAUGCAGGGGAAGUAUACAAGGGAAACUUGGUGGAUUGGGUGAGUCAGUUGUUCGUCACAGGUGGCAGCAAGGAUGCCAUUGAUAAGGCUCUCAGUGGAAAAGGUCACGACGAUGAAAUUGUUCAGUUUAUGAAAGUUGCUUGUACUUGUGUGGCUUCUAGGCCAAAGGAUAGACCUUCUAUGUACCAGGUUUAUGAGUCUCUGAAAAGCAUGGCUGAGAGUCUUGGUUUUUCCGAACAGUAUGACGAUUUUCCGGUGAUCUCUGGGAAAAAAGAUCCUUCCUACAAAGAGUAACCGAGGUUGGGAAAACAUAAAGAAAGCACAUAAAAAGCCCCUUGCGUGCUUUGAGAAUUGCAGCAUUGUUUUCUGUUAUCGCCAGAAAGGUGUUUUUCGCAAUUGGUACGCAUUUCACUCGACCAUGAUUCCCUGUUCUACCGCGCAUUUGUCGCAUGAAAGAAGCAUUAUGCAAUGUAGCUUUUAUUUCAUAAACUUUUCUGUUCUUGCUGUGGAUAAAAUUGCCUCUAAAUCAUUUUGGUUUGUGAUAUGCUGUUCAAGACCUCUGAAUCUUGAGCUUUGCUAAACAGCUCAACUCUCUAACCUAUCUGGUACCCAUUUUUUAUUUUAUGAACAAAAUUCCCUGUGA